AUGACAAGUGAAGAGCUGAAAUCUUUGAUCAGUAAUGUUCUGUGCAUGGUGGAAAGAGUGGGCUUCAAAGUUGUUAGUCUGAUAGCAGAUAACAACAGUGUAAACAGGAAGGCAUAUGAACUGUUCACCUCCAGUAGAAUUCUCCAACCCAGUAUUGAACACCCUCUAGAUCCUUCCAGGAAACUUUUUUUUAUGUUUGACACUGUACACAUUCUGAAAUGUAUCAGGAACAGUUGGCAGACAAAGAGAAGUGUUAAUAAAGUGUUACAGUUUCCUGACAUGACUGAUCAUUCAGUAAUAUUGACAGCACAGUACAAGCAUUUGGAGCUGGUAUAUGAGAAAGAAAGAAACUCUUUAGUCAAAUAUGGCCACACACUAUCAGCUAGAGUAUUGUAUCCAUCGUCUAUUCAAAAGCAAAAUGUGAAAUUAGCUUUGAAAAUUUUCAAUGAAAAUAACAUAGUAGCUUUGAAACAUGCAACAAAGGAUAUGCCUAAUGUUACUGAGCACAUAAAUCAGACAGUGACUUUCCUUCAGGUGAUUGUGAACUGGUGGAAGAUUGUGAAUGUUAGAAGUGUAUUUGAAGGACAAAGAUUCAAUGAUCCUUACAGGGAAGCCAUCAGGAAGACAAUCUGUGUUAUUGGCUAA